AUGUUCCAGUCAAUUGCACUAGCGCUAGUUCUGGUCACCGCCCAAUCUGUGGCACAGCUACCGAAGGAUGCGAAUGCUAACGCUGCCCUCCAGCUGCAGGCAACCGAGACGCAGGCAGCGGCAGCGGCAGCGACGCCAUUCGGCAGCAAGCAGCUAACCAGAUGCCGCCAAAGCUGCUAUCAGCAGUUUGCGAGGGAUUGGCAUUAUUGCACGGAUUUCGUUGAUUGCAAAAAUUGCUGGCAAAACUGCCAAAGGCAAUUGGCGCCCUUUGAGCUGCGCGUACACCACGCCCAGCGGCAGGGUGCUCUGGUGCUGACCGACAUCGGUUGGGACGAGUUGAUUGCGAACGCAUCCCGUCAAUGCCUGAUCACCUGGGAGGUAUCCGGGGGCGGUCUCAUGGGCAACCUGCUCACAGACACUGCACGCGCCGAGCUAUCACUCUGGCCGGAUACGGUCUACAACAUACAGGUGACCUGUAAGCAUAAGCUAACGGGCCUGAUGCGUCGCUCACUGAAGCUCAAUGUGGACACACAUCAGCUGCUGUCGGCGGCAGCGGCAGCCAAUCCUUGGACAAAUCCAAGCCUGUUGCCCCUUGUGCCCGUGACAGCACCAGCUACAACAACAACAGCAACAACAACAAUACCAACAACAAUUGUGCAGCGUUCACGACCCACGGACCGUGUGUACAUAAUCAGUGCGCUGCCCACGGCCAGUCAGUUGAGCGGCGUUGUGUAUCCGGCAUUUGGUGCGUUGGCCUUCUUCCUGGCACUGCUGGUCAUGUUCCUGUUUCUGCGUCCACAGCGCAAGCGGGCGUCUGAUGGGGAUGCGGACACCGCCUCGCUGCUAAGCGGACGUCGCUCGCGGCUCUCCAUGGACAACUCCACGCUGCAUGUGUAGGCGGUCAAAAAGCAAAGAAAAUACAAAACUGAAAAUCAACAAAAAAAAAAGAAAGAAAAGAGAACUUGUAGUCGUAUAUGUCUGACUAUGUGAUAUUCUGCACCCAAAUUGUACAUAGCAUAGACAACACACACAUACACACACCCACCCACACACACACACACACGCACACACAACAUAUAUGUAACCUACAACAACUACAUCAUAUACAUAACAUACAUAUACGUAUUAAACCAUAUGUAGUUAUCGAAACAAGUAUCUUACAUCAAGUCCAAAAAGCAUAAGAAAAGAGAAAAGAUGAAACAAGUUCGCUCAAUCGUAUGUUUAAGUUUUACCUUUUUAGUGUUUAGGCC